AACCGAGGAUUGUUUGUUAUCGAGAAAGAAAGGACAAAACAAAAGCCUUCGUAAGAAGUUGGAAAAUAUGAAUAGAGUGUGGAACAGUUGCUCCAGCCAGCUGCAGGACAAACAAUCUGUGUGGCGUGAGACUGUAAGAAAUCCUAGCCUCUGUCACAUUAGUGCAUUCAGAUCUCAAGCAUAAGGUGUGUGUGCAUUGUGGCCACCACCUGUGACUGCCCGUCUUCCUACUCCUCUUCCUCCUCCUCCUCCUCCUCUUCCUCUUCCUCUUCUUCCUCCUCCUCCUCCUCCUCUUCUUCUCGUUCCUCUUCUUCUUUAUUCCCUUCACCUUUAUCUCGUUUUCUUGAGUCUUCGUCUUCCUCAGAUUCCCGUUUUCCUGCCCUUUUGUCCUCCUCCUCUUCCUCCAUUUCCUCCUGCUUUUUUUCCUCGACUGCGUCCCUACGCUCCUCUUCCUCCACCUCCACGGCCCCACCUCGCUGCACCAUCACAGCCCAACAAAUGUUCGAUUGGGAGGAAGGGGAUCGUUUCUCCUUCGAGGACUCGGAGCGAUUUGAAGAGGACUCACUAUGUAGCUGGAUCAGCGAGCCCGAGUCCCUCGUCAACAAUUGGAGGGGAUGGAAGCGUUCAGAUAAAAUCGCCUGUCUCUUGUAUGGCCGCAACAGAGAUCAAGAUGGCAGAGUACAUUCUCUCACAGAGAUGUGUGCCCGCACAGUGGCGGCACACAUCCCUUUUGAAGUGGUCGAACAGAUGAUGCCUCCUGUGCCAGAGCAGCUACAACUUCUUAUUGCAUUCUGGAGCUUCCCGGAAAAUGAGGAGGACAUUAGGCUCUACAGCUGCCUGGCCAACGGCAAUGCCGAUGAAUUUCUCCGAGGGGAAAACCACUACAAACACAAGAGCGUCCAUGAUCCGUUGCAGAUUGGAUUCCAUCUAAGUGCUACUGUAGCACCAUCAGCUUCUGGGACAAAGGGGCAGUUCAAUGUAGCAGUAACAUUUGACAGGGGUAGGAUCACAACAUGUAAUUGUACAUGCUCUGCCAAUGCCUCUUGGUGUUCACAUGUCGUUGCCGUCUGCCUCCACCGUAUCCACCAGCCCAACCAAGUGAAACUUCGUGCUCCUGUGAGCGAGUCAUUGUCACGGCUACAGAGAGAUCAGCUACAGAAAUUUGCUCAGUACCUCAUCAGUGAACUGCCACAACAGAUCCUGCCAACAGCACAGCGGCUCAUUGAUGAAAUCCUCUCUAGUCAAACAUCUGAUAUUAAUACAGUUUCAGGGGCACCAGACCCAACUGCUGGUGGAUCAGCCAACGAGCAAAUGGCCUGGUGGCUCGAUGAGAGCAACCUUCACGAGAAUAUUCACAAGAUCCUGGUCAAAUUUUGUGUGCCAUCUCCCAUUGUUUUUAGCGAUGUCAACUACCUGAGUUCAACAGCCCCACCAGUGGCUGCAGAAUGGUCAUCCUUAUUGAGACCACUGAGGGGAAGGGAACCCGAAGGCAUGUGGAACCUUCUCUCCAUAGUGAGGGAAAUGUUUAAGCGAAAUGACCGCAAUGCCAUUCCCCUCUUGGAGAUCAUUACAGAGGAAUGCCUGGCUACAGAAAAGAUUUUGGUUUGGUGGGUAAAUACAAAGGUUGCCCUACACAUGGGGAGUUCUGGCCAUGGUGGUAAGAACAACAUGAACUCCAACAGCCAUGGAAGCCAGUAUGCUUGCUCAUCUCUCUGUGAUGAAAUUGUUGUUCUAUGGCGUCUGGCAGCACUUAACCCAGCUUUGUCACCUCAGGAGCGUGAGCAGCUUAUUGCCAAGUUCAAAGGCUGGCAUCUCAAGGUUUUAGAGAAGGUUGCUAAGAGCAAAGAAACAGGUACAAAUGGUGGAGGCGGAAGCAACAAGAGAGGCACUGAUGUUGAUGUAUUCCCAGGGUUCAAGCCAGCAAUAGAACCUUGUUACCUUGACUGGAAUGAUUACCCUCUUCCUGGAGUUACAUAUUCCCACACAGCUUCUCGAUAUUAUUGUCCUGUCAUGCGGUUUAGGCAUGAUUCUCGACACGAGUCACAAGCAGCACCCAUCUCUGCACCACACCCAAGAAAUCCUACAUCACAUGCCGGGCCAAAACGGCCUUCAGAGCGGCGUGUGCUUAUCAGUUCUGGAAAUGCAGGUGACAAAGAGAACUUGGGUGCUGGUGUCUCUUUAGCGAGUCAUAGACACAGUGGUCAUCGGAGCAGUAGUGUUAGUAGUGAAGGCUUUUGCGACAAUGACCUGGGCCGUGACAGUGACUCUCCACCAGAUCAAAGGUCACCUGAACAGGUUGACUCAGGCCAGGUGUCCCGACAGAGCUCAAGAGAAGAUCGUCCCAUGGGAGCUCUAGGUCUGGCGGCAGCCUUUGAUCGUUCAAGAGACGAUAGAGAUAAGUCAUCUCCUGAUGAUGGUGGAGCAGAGUCUGACUGGUCUGGUGUUGCAGAACCAUCCAGAAACCAGAGAAGCCGGGCAGGUAGUAGAGGACAGCGUGCCAGAGACCAAAAUGGAGCAGAUGAAUAUGACGUGUAUGUGUAUAAUGCUAAUUUAGUUGGGGAUGGAAAUAGUGUAAGUGACUGUAGUGGGGCUGAAAGAGGAGCAGAAAUUUUCAAUAACCUGAAAAAGUUUGAAGAUCCCCUUGAGAUACUAUUUGCUCGUGCUGAGGGUUUGCAUGCUCACGGACAUUUACAAGAAGCCUCUGGACUGGCAGUACAACUAGCACACGAGCUUCUGGCUAACCCUCCAAACCUCAUGAUCGAGCUACCACCACCACCCAGCAAAGGGAAGCGUAAGAAGGUAAACCCAGCAUCACACCAUCUGACUUGUCUAGCCUCAGCCACCUUGAGUAAAUGUGCCUUCCUCUGCACUGUCCUGGCAGAAAACCCUGACCACACACACCUGGCUUUCCAAGUUGCCAUGUUCGGUUUAGAAAUGGCACGACCUCCAGCAUCCACUAAGCCAUUGGAAGUGAAGCUAGCCAACCAAGAAAGUGACUUGGUUUUCCUCCUGAAGCGCCUGCUUCUCGGUCCACUAGAAUUAGCAGUAAUCAGAGAUAAGGCUGAGAAAAUGCGAUCAGGCACACUCAAGUCUCGUGGCGAGGCUCUCCUGCCAUUAAUGCUUGCUUCCUUCCUUUUUGAUGCUCUAGUCAUUGCUGGAAAUAACAAAAGUACAGUUGGAGGUCAGAGUUACCGCCAGCCACAAGACGAAGCUCUGGGCUUCGACGCAGCUGUGGCAGCCAUUGGCAUGAAGGCCAAUGUGUGUGAGGCAGACCACCCACUCCUCUGUGAGGCCACAAGAAGACAGAGAGGAGAGUUGGCUCUCACACUGCUGACACACUAUAAGGAUGACCAAGACAGACUAGCUCGUAUCAUGGACAAGCUGUUAGACAAAGAGGUGCACCAAAUGUAUAAAGCACCUUCACUGCCCACAUACUACGUGAACAAUGUGCCCAAUCAGCAAACAAGUGCUAGUGGCCUUGAGAAUAGUGAGGCAAGUAGCAGCAUUAGAGUAGCUGAUUCUCCAGCAGCAGGGGCAGUCAGCAGUAGUCCUAUGCCUGGUGUAGCAGCAGCAGCAGCUGUUGCUGCUGCUGCUGCUGCGGCAGCACCACCCAUACUGGGCACACCACCAUCAGCACACCCAAGUAACCAAGUACCUGCACCUGUACAACAACAACAACAAACAGUACAGAGAGACAGGCAUAAUGCAGGUGGAGCAGAGAUAGAAGGCUCCAUGGCUGGGCUUAGUCUUUCUCCAUCCCAGCCUGUAGGAGGAGCAAGAGCCAAGGAAGGGACAUCAUCCGCUAGGUUUGUGGAGGGCGAGGAAGGGGAAAGCCCAAGCUGGGAGGACGACUAUAAAGCCUGGGAGGAAAAAUGCGCUGGAAAACAGCGCAAGAAACGGAAUCAAGCGUGUACUUUAGAAACUACCUCAACGGGUGUAGAAGUGAAACUUAACUUGGCAGAUAACUCUCCCACCUCUGGUCGAUGUGCAGCAUGGAUCAAGUCUACAGGCCCAGGCUCGGACUCUGGCUCUUCAGGAAACUCCUCAGACAGCAUUGUGUCCUCGUCAAGUGGGGAUAAAAUCAGCGGACUUGAGGCAAACAAACCUGUGGAAUCGCCACCACUUGGCUACCCAUUGGUACGACCUGUUCCCCAGCCGACGCCAGAAAGCACAACUACAACCCAUCCUAGACCACAGCCUACCUACGGGAAAGGUGUGCGUUUUAAGGGCAAGAGAGCUUAUCCAACUGUGCCCAAUCAACCAUCCGAGGCUAGUGCUUAUUUCAUGUUUGAGUUGGCCAAGACCGUGCUGAACAGAGCUGGAGGAAAUAUUAGCACGUCGCUGUUUACUCAGCCAAGCAGUUCACAGAACCAUAGAGGGCCACAUCGACCACUCCACAUGUGUGCAUUCCAGAUUGGCCUCUAUGCCCUCGGCCUUCACAAUUGCGUCAGCCCCAACUGGCUCUCAAGAACAUAUUCCUCACAUGUUUCAUGGAUUACAAGCCAAGCUGUGGAAAUUGGAUCACCAGCGGUUUCAUUUCUUAUUGAUACUUGGGAGGGCCAUCUAACUCCACAAGAAGCUGCAUCAAUAGCAGACCGGGCAUCAAGAGGUCGUGAUGCUGCAACAAUAAAAGCUGCAGCAAAAUUAGCCUUGUCCUGCCUGCCUCAUGCUCAUGCUCUGAACCCUAAUGAGAUUCAGAGAGCUAUCAUACAGUGUAAGGAGCAAAGUGAUGAAAUGCUUGAAAGUGCUUGCUUUGCUGUCGAGGGUGCAGCUAAAGGUGGUGGUGUGUACCCCGAAGUCCUGUUCUCGGUGGCACGGCGCUGGUACGAACUUUACGAGGCCCGGACAAGGCACCAAGCCCGUCAUCAAGCAAGGACUUCAGGUGGCCAGCAUGCUGGGGAUAUCCCAUUUGAAGAUCCUGGUGCCCCACACAAUCUCCCACUUCCUCCCCCUCCACCACUAAAUCCACCUACACCUCCAAACCAGCAACAGCAACAGCCACCUAUUCCUCCAAUGGAUGCCCAGUCUCAACCUGGGUUACAUCCUCCAGUUUCAGUUGGGAUGAAUGGAAAUGGUGGUGCAGGUGCAUUACCUGGUGUUGCAGGCUAUCCAGUUGCAGCCCCACCUUCUUCGGUGCCAUAUGCCCUCACAGGCAUUCCAUAUCAGCUGGGAUAUAAUUACAUUCAGGGCUUGCCAACAAGUGUAUCAUGCAUCAACCCACAAAUGCCCAUGCCGAUGUAUAUCCAGCCACCAGGUGUACCUUUCAGUGGGGCACAAGGGGUGUCUCAACCCCUCAUGCCUCCUCCUUCCAUGCAGUACUUCCCUCCAGUGUCUAUACCCUCAACUCUACCCCAGAAAAUUUUGACUUCAAAAUCCAUCCACGAUUUGGCCGCCUCACGUCAUUACAGCAUAAGGCAGAUCCUGGAUGCUACCCCAAGGUUCUCAAAAGGUACUCUACCAGGAGCAGGGGGCAUGGGAGGUGGUCUCCCAGGAGGACAGCAGAAUCUAGGACCACAGCCUCCUCCCUUAGGUGCAGGACCUCCACCCUUGCCACAGCAGCCUCCUCUAAUACAGGGCAACACACCUCCACAGCAGGGAUUUUAUCCGCUGCCAUACUCCAAUGCGGUUGGAAGUGGAGGUGUAUCAACAGCAGGUUUCAUAGGAGCUCAGCCCACAGCCCUCCUCUCAUGGGUUAGAGCCCAGGGCCCUCACAUGGUCCAACCUUCCCCACAUCAGCCCCAGCUGCCUCCACCACCUACCUCACAACCACAGCAACAGGUUCCUGGGCUUGUUGGUGGCCAGCAGGUGAACAAUAACGGAUCUAUGAAUUACUUGUUGAGCACAUAUCGUGUGGGUAUGUUGGCACUGGAAACUCUGGGCAGGAGGGUCCAUGAUGACAGACCACAGGCAAAGUAUGCCAGAAACCCACCCUACGGAGAGGAUGUCAAGUGGCUUCUGGGAGUGGCCAAGAAGCUUGGACAACAGUAUCUUCAUCAGUUCUGCAUGUGUUCGGUGAAUAGUGUGGUUUCACCCUUCGUGCUUCAGGAACUGUCUGUGGAGUCGGCUCAGUAUCUAGCUCGGCACUCACCAGCCCUCUUCUCACAGCAGCUCCGUUCUCCAAUUCUGCAACCUCUUGUACAGAAAUGUCAACAGAUGUUCAUCCAAUGUACCCACCUCAAGAUGUAUUACAUAACCCCAACUGAAUAUGAUGAGUUUAUCUCCAUCAUCCGAGCUGCUCGAUCUGCCUUCCAAAUGACACCAGGUGGAAUGGUACAGUUCAAUGAGCUACUGCAAGCAUUGAGAAGGUCAAAGUCAUGCAAGAAGGAAUUGUGGACCAGAAUCACAAAUGCACUGCAGCAGCCAACUCCUGUAUGACCUCAGGCCAGCUUAGGACCUGCGGGAGACAGCUGGGGAAGUCCUGCCAUGGUGAGACGAGGAGCAGCAGCAUCCACAGACUAGGACACGAUGUAGAAGACUUGCUUGUUGCGGAAAAUUUGGCAUACGCAAGCUACAUGCGUCUUUGGUGUACUGUGACUGGAAUUCCUUUGUGUUGAUUAGGGUGUUUGUGUGUGUUUCUCUUUCUCACUUCAGAGGUUGAGAGAAGUUGACUUUGCCUCAUAGUUUUCUGUAAAAUAUUGAUGUAAUGAGACUUCCAAACAGAGGUGGCUGCCACUUGUGAAAGUGAUGUGCUAGGGUGAGAUUGUCUAACCAAAAAAAAAAAUAAAAUAAAAUAAAAAAUAAAAAAAAUACAUGUACAUAAA